AAGACGGGGACUUGAUGACGCCUGCCGUGGAAGAGCGUGAACGAUGACGACCCUGCUGCCCCUCUCUGGACGUCGGAUCCCGCCUCCGAGCCUGGGGCCCCCCUCCUUCCCACACCACAGGGCUACCUUGAGACUCUCGGAGAAGUUCAUCCUGCUCCUCAUCCUCAGUGCCUUCGUCACCCUGUGUUUUGGGGCGUUCUUCUUCCUUCCAGACUCUUCGAAGCACAAACGCUUUGAUCUGGGCUUGGAGGAUGUGCUGAUUCCGCACGUCGAGGCCGGCAAAGGGGCCCGAGACCCGGGCGUCUUCCUGAUCCACGGGCCCGUUGGGCACAGACACAGGGAAGAAGAAGAACGUCUGAGAAAUAAAAUUCGAGCUGAUCAUGAGAAAGCCCUGGAAGAAGCAAAAGAAAAAUUAAAAAAGACAAAAGAGGAGAUUCAAACAGAAAUUCAAACAGAAAAAAAUAAGGUAGUCCAAGAAAUGAAGAUAAAAGAGAACAAGCCACUCCCACCAGUCCCUAUUCCAAAUCUUGUAGGAAUAAAUGGUGGAGACCCAGAAGAUGAUGACAUAAGAAAGAAAAGGGAAAAAAUUAAAGAGAUGAUGAAACAUGCCUGGGAUAAUUAUAGGACAUAUGGUUGGGGACAUAAUGAACUCAGACCUAUUGCAAGGAAAGGACACUCCACUAACAUAUUUGGAAGUUCACAAUUGGGUGCUACCAUAGUAGAUGCUUUGGAUACCCUUUACAUCAUGGGACUUCACGAUGAGUUCCUAGAUGCGCAAAAAUGGGUUGAAGAAAACCUUGAUUUCAGUGUGAAUUCAGAGGUGUCCGUGUUUGAAGUCAACAUUCGAUUUAUUGGAGGCCUGCUUGCUGCAUAUUACCUUUCAGGAGAAGAGAUAUUCAAGGUUAAAGCAGUGCAGUUGGCUCAGAAACUCCUUCCUGCCUUCAACACACCUACUGGGAUUCCUUGGGCAAUGGUGAAUUUGAAAAGUGGAAUAGGACGGAACUGGGGCUGGGCCUCUGCAGGCAGCAGCAUUCUGGCUGAAUUUGGGACUCUGCACAUGGAGUUCGUCCACCUCAGCUACUUGACGGGAGACCUGGUUUACUACAAGAAG